GGCUGCUCGUCAGGAAGAAAGGGCUGCUGUGUUGAGGCCGAAAACUCAAGACACAAGAAGAACCUGGACGACACUGGAGUACCCCUGUGGAAGGGAUAUAUAGUCUGCUGGACUCUCGGAGGGCGUUUUUCACCAGCUGAGCUUCAGCGGCGCACAGACCGGGUCUCCGCGCUCCCGCUGCCGAGGCCGCCGCUGCUCUGGUUCUCCCCUCCUAUGUUGUGUCGCUGCCUGCUGGCCACAGUAAUCCAAACCCGCUGCUAUUAAUAACACUGAAGGGGGACUGAAUCUGCUGUGCGGCGACGCAGCCACAGACCUGUCUGAGAUUUAAAUCUUAAUCCAGUCCGGAGGAAACAUAACGGCUCAGCUGUUGCUGCCGGUUGUGGGGGCUGCCGGACCGGAGAAACAUCCCGAAAAAGCUCCAACUACACGGAGUAGUCUCGUUUUGCGCAAGAACUGUUGUGAGUGACCUGUAGUUCUGGUCUCCUUUUGAAGCAGCGCCGUGGGCUUGAUCACUGAGGAUUUAUUGGAUCACGGCAUGUUAAAAGCAGCAGUUUGAAGCCCCGCAUCAGUGCCAUGAAUCAAUCUGGACAACAGCUGCUACCCACAUAGAGGUCACUUUACCUCUCUUUCCAUUUGCUUCGGUUCAGAGGAUGCUGGGAAUGUGUCGCGGGCGCAGGAAGUUCCUGGCGGCCUCCCUCGCCCUGCUGUUCAUCCCAGCACUCACCUGGCUUUACCUGUCAGUCGGCGGCUUUCAAGUGAAGCCCCUCCCCCUGUCUCCAUUGGAAGCCCAGUCAUCAGCGCCGGUGGGCGGAGCUGGCGAGCGGCAGGCCUUAGAGCUGCGGGUCCGGGCAGUGGAGGAAGAGAAUCGGGCACUGCGCCGGGAGCUCAGCCGGCCACCCAGGAGCCCGUCGGCGCGCCUUCCAAACAGUGGUCACCGUGGUAACCAGAGCCGAACCCAUUCAGAGGAGGGCACCGGUGACAAUGAGGGUCAGAAAGCUGCUGCAGUGGGGAACAGCUCAGACUGUGUGCAGCAGCCAGUGGUGGAUAAGUGUGAGACCAUCCAUGUGGCCAUCGUAUGUGCAGGUUACAACGCCAGUCGAGACGUGGUGACACUGGUUAAAUCUGUCCUUUUCCACAGGCGGAACCCACUACAUUUCCAUUUCAUCACAGACUCCAUUGCUCAGCAGAUCCUGUCCUCUCUAUUCCAUACCUGGAUGGUUCCUGCUGUCAGAGUCGACUUCUAUGACGCAGAUGAGCUGAAGUCUGAGGUGUCAUGGAUCCCCAACAAGCAUUACUCUGGAAUCUACGGCCUGAUGAAGCUGGUGCUCACUAAGACGCUGCUGUCCGACCUGCAGAGAGUCAUCGUCCUGGACACAGACAUCACAUUUGCCACUGACAUUGCUGAACUCUGGGCUGUCUUCCACAAGUUCAAAGGUCAGCAGGUUCUGGGUCUGGUGGAGAACCAGAGUGACUGGUACCUGGGGAACCUGUGGAAGAACCAUAGACCCUGGCCAGCUCUGGGAAGAGGCUUCAACACUGGGGUGAUUUUGCUUCUCCUGGAUCGUCUACGGAAGCUGAGAUGGGAGCAGAUGUGGAGGUUGACUGCGGAGAGGGAACUAAUGAGCAUGCUGUCCACCUCCUUGGCAGACCAGGACAUCUUCAACGCGGUGAUCAAACAGAACCCGUUCCUGGUUCACCAGCUGCCGUGCUUCUGGAACGUCCAGCUGUCCGACCACACCCGCUCUGAGAAGUGCUACAAAGACGUGUCGGACCUCAAGGUGAUCCACUGGAAUUCUCCCAAGAAGCUGCGAGUGAAGAACAAGCAUGUGGAGUUUUUCCGGAAUCUCUAUCUAACCUUUUUGGAGUACGAUGGCAAUCUGCUGCGGCGAGAGCUGUUCGGGUGUCCCAGCGAGGCCGACCACAACAGUGAGAAUCUCCAGAAGACUCUGUCAGAGUUGGAUGAAGAUGAUCCUUGCUACGAGUUUCGUCGAGAACGAUUCACUGUCCAUCGAACACACCUUUACUUCCUCCACUAUGAGUAUGAACCCAGCUCUGACAACACUGAUGUUACUCUAGUCGCCCAGCUCUCUAUGGACAGGCUUCAGAUGUUGGAGGCCAUCUGUAAGCACUGGGAAGGCCCCAUCAGCCUGGCCCUGUACCUGUCCGACGCUGAGGCCCAGCAGUUCCUCCGCUACGCUCAGGGCUCAGAGGUGCUGAUGAGCCGCGGGAACGUCGGUUACCACAUUGUCUACAAAGAGGGACAGUUCUACCCAGUCAACCUGCUUCGAAAUGUGGCCAUGCGGCAGGUCAACACACCCUACAUGUUCCUAUCAGACAUCGACUUCUUGCCCAUGUAUGGCCUCUAUGAGUAUCUCAGGAAGUCAGUGGUGCAGCUGGACAUGGCCAACACCAAGAAAGCUCUGGUGGUUCCAGCCUUUGAGACGCUGCGAUAUCGUCUGUCAUACCCAAAGUCCAAGGCUGAGCUGCUGUCUCAGCUGGACAUGGGCACGCUAUUCACCUUCAGGUACCAUGUGUGGACUAAAGGCCACGCACCAACUAACUUUGCCAAAUGGCGGACGGCCACCACCCCCUACAGGGUGCAGUGGGAAGCCGAUUUUGAGCCCUACGUCAUGGUGAGGAGGGACAGUCCUGAGUACGAUCGCCGCUUUGUGGGCUUCGGCUGGAACAAGGUGGCUCACAUCAUGGAGCUGGAUGCACAGGAGUACGAGUUUGUGGUUCUGCCCAAUGCCUACAUGAUCCACAUGCCUCAUGCGCCCAGCUUCGACAUCACCAAGUUCCGCUCCAACAAGCAGUACCGGGUCUGCCUCAAGACCCUGAAGGAGGAGUUCCAGCAGAACAUGUCGCGGCGCUAUGGCUUCGCCGCCCUAAAAUACAUGACAGCUGAGAACAACAGCUAGCCACCACUGCAGACCCUCACACCCCCAGCCUUGAACAACUGACACACUCCAGGACAGGACAACAGGAAACGGAUACUUUUAGUCCCUCAGAAUUUGUUAGAACGUUUGACCGUCAGUGUGGAACUGCAAGGGUCUUUAUGUCCAUUCUUUGUCCUCUGCUGUGGAUGGAAGAGAUAAUCCAGGAGGAGAUCCCUUCUUCCAGGAUGUAAAAGCUGUGACCAUACAAGUGACUGCUAGGUCCAGGCCACUGUUGUGUGGGCCCCGAGCUCUUGGCCCUGAAAUUUGACAGACGGCAGGCAAUCAAUGCAUUGCCAUAUUUGUAAGAGCAGUGACAGAAUCGUGGACUGCGUGUGUAACUAUAUGUAUGUAUGCGUGUUCGUGUGUGUACAUGCAGGUAGAUGAAAAGUGUGACUGUGUAUGUGUCCCUCCAGGACAGCACUUAGCUAAAAGCCUGAGGAGAGCUGAAGAUGUGAAACAUUGUGGGCUUGCAUUCUGUUUGCACGCCAACAAAGUGCCAACAAAAAGCAGCGGCAGUUUGACUGACAGCACACCCCACAUUAAACGCACAUUGUCAUCGGGUGGCAUGAUAAGCCAAAGCAGCAGCGUCCACACAGAUUUUCACAUUGUGAUGAGCGACACACACUCAGAUAUUGAGGUGAUCAGCCGACCAGCCGACCAGCUGCUGCUGCUUAAUUUGUUUGACAGUUGAUACAGAUCAGAAUAAAUCCUCCCCUUCGUAUAUUAAGGGAAGUUAAGUGCAGGGACGGCGGGAGGUCGUCCAUGCGCUUGAAAUUCAGGGUCUUCACAUCAGCCCGAGCGUGCUGAGAUUGUUUCCAGAGUUUUGUUACUGCUAAAGAAUCUGACAGCAGCUGGUGCAGUGUGCUUUUUACGGUGCGUUUUAAAUUGAUGCCAGUGUGCUCUGCACAAACACCUGCUGGAAGUCGGUUUGUGAAGCUGCCACCCCACCACAUGAGGCGAAGCACCAAUCAGUGAGCUCUCUGUUUACGUUUUUCUUUUCCAACAAUCAGUAUUAUUUAUCAGUGUGUUUACAGGCCUGAUGAGUGUCUCCUCCGCACAUCAUCAGGAGCAUCUGAGGAGGAGAGUGGUGAAAAUCAACCACUUGCAGUCAGGAGAAAGUCACAGACACUUUUUUUUUCUCUCCCGCUUUCUUUCUUUCUCACUCUGGCCUCUAGUUUGACGACAUUAUAGUGGAGUCCAAAAACGCUUGUGGUGUGUGUUCUCCCAUUUGUGUUGCUACACAUGGUCACGCUGGAUGUGGACAUUGGGUGUGAUAUGAAUAUUUUGCCUGCGCCGUUCAGCUCUUACUACUGCUGUGACAGACACCUGACAGACACAUCUCUGCCCAGUUAUCUAGACUCUUAAGAGGACACACAGACUGACAGUCACUAUAAUAUUACACUGUAACCAUAUGACAAAAAUAUCAUAAAAGCACUGUUUUGUAUCUACAUCAUAAUGUAUGUUACGAUAUGAUGAGAUAAAAACUAAAGUUAGUUGAGGUGAAUGGAAUACAGAUAACGUAUAUAAAAUAAAUAAAGUAAAUAAUAAUAAAGUAUGUUUAUCUUACUGCGAGUCCUGACAGAGAUAUCAUAGAAAGGUUUGAAAUGAUGAACCAAAAAUCCAGACACAAACAGAAGAAGAACUUCUGCACUUUGGCAGUUUAUUUACAACAGUAACAUUUAGUUAGCUAACAACAUCAUUAAACUCAUACAAAGUCAUUGAUGAAUUGCAGUUGUGGACUAUGAGCAAGACAACAUUUAUCAUAUAUAUGGCUGAUUUUUUUGAUGCAUGGGGAAAUGGAAUUAGUAAUUAAAUACACCACUUCAGAAUGAACACAACAAUUUGAAAGUGUAGGAAAUUUCCAAAUUUUUAAGAUGUUGUAACAAGUGUUUCCCUUCAGAUUUCUGAUGAGUACAUCAGAUAAAGUAGUGUGUGUCAUCUCUGUAAAAGGACAUCUCGGUUAAAAUAACAUUAUGUUGUAGUUUUAACUUAAAAUAACAGCUUCAAAAUUGUUUUCAUAUUUCACUGACUUGUUAAAGGGUGAAUGCCUUCUCUUUUAGUACCACUUUGGUCUUGCAAUGCCAGCUACCGCACUGUGUCACAUUGGAAUCCUGGGCAGGUUGGCGUGAGAUAAAAGCGGUGAAGGGGAUGCGAGACAGAUGCCGAGCUGGCCUUCUAGCUGUUGGACUGAGUUGGAUGUAGCUGCAGUACCGGAGGCUGCAGUUUCAAGACCGCAAUCCUAGGACCGGAACUGCAUUUGUAGGACCCUUGUUUACUUUGAUACUGCCGGCUAACUAGCUAGCUAGCUAUGUUACUCUUGACAGCCCCCCGAAGCCAAUUACCCAUACCCUAACUUUCACAGUGUGUGUCUAAACCUAAGUUAUUGAUUAUAUGCUUGUUGACCAGUUAACCCAACAGCUGUGCACUUCAGCCUCAAGGCCGACGUGCUAGCAGACAGGGCUAAUCUCUUUAGUGUUGCUGUCGAAAAGAAGAACUACAGUCCUAGAACUGUGGUCCCAGGAUUGUGGGGGUCCUGAAACUGAAGCCUCCGGUACAGCAGUUAGAUAAUAUUGGUUGGACACGUGAGUAAUAACUUAUUAGCUGGCUAGCUAUGUUUGUGUUGUCGCGUUAUUUAUGUUUAGCCUACCUGCGUUAGCAAAGUUGUCAACUCGAGCGAAAUCAGCCGGAGGUUUCACAGAAAGAGGUUUAGCUGCUAGCUAUAGAUCUCGAGUUGAAACUUACUAGAAAACACACUCGGACAUCGGUAACGUUACUGUAAGAGCUCUUGCGUCGUUUGGUGUCUAGCUGUGUUGGCUAGCUUGCCACACAGCCUCUUGCUCGGUCAAUCUCUCUUUUUCUCUUGUGAGCUUCUACCGUCAACGUAUUCUUUCAUCUCUUCGCCUCUGCCAUUAGCUAACGUUAUGUCUAUAGAGGUUGCUGAGCCCAGUUAUGUUGCUUUAACUGUGAUGGCAUUCAUGAUAUCAGUAACGUUAGCUGACAUUUCAGAUUGUUACCACUGGCUUUGCACAUACCACCGCUGGUCUACUGGCCAAUACAUAUCUUUGUGAAACUAGAGGUCUCACACACACACACACACACACACACACACACACACACACACACACACACACACACACACACACACAUUCUCUGAUACACACUGUCUCUCUCUUUCUCUCUCUCUCUCUCUCAGUCACUACAGCAUUCUUAAUCUGUACAGGAAAGCAGCAGAAGGGCUCUGUGCAGUCUUGCAGGUGUGUGUGAAUACACUGUGUGUCUGUGUGUACGUGUAGGUUCAGUAAGCAGGCGUGUGUGCUCGUGUGUGUGUGUGUGAGAAGUUUGACUCGGUUCUGAAUGUGUGUGUGGCUUUGCAGGGCUGGGAGGAGCUGCAGUGUGUAAGUAGGACAGUGCUGACUGAUGCUGCUACCUGAAUAAAAGCAAAGAGUCAAACACUG